GAGUCCGGACGCGGACAGUGACACUUGACAGUAUUGUCAGUACCGAAUUGAUCGAAUCUAUCCAUUUUUACGUCAAUCAACAUUGAUCUCCGACGCUCGUCCUGCUAGACUCUAUGCACGUUUGAAAGAGACAAUCGAUCGCGUUAACAAACUUGACCAAAGUUGCCUGGUUGUAGACAGGACGCACGCCAACACACGCUCGCGCCUGGGUGAUCGCCAAUAAUCGCCAAAGCAUCUUGGCGGUCUCUGUGAUCUCGUGACGUGACUCAUCCCGGACAUAUAUACAUACGUCCAUACAUCCAUAUGCGUAAUAUGUCGCGCCUGCUUCAUUAAAGUGCCACCCGUUUAGGAAAAAUCGCAAAUAAAAAAUUGUCGGGUAAAGACGGAUAGAGGCGUGCAUAUCCCAUUGUGUACCGUAUCGUGCGUGUACGUAGAGAAUAGAUGUCUGAUGUGCUGACACGCACAAUAGGCAAACACUGAGGUAAACAUCCGUAAGCAGCUGUCGCUCAGGUCGCUCUCGCUAUCGUCGCAGCCAGAGCCAGAUACACACACAUUUGUAUGCGUACGUCGAGCCGUGAGCGAGACGCUUCGGAACACUCCGCUCGGACCUCUUUUGCAUGGUGCAUACAUUCUAAGAAAACAUGCCUCUGUUUGGAAAGUCUCAAAAGAGUCCAGCAGAAGUUGUGAAGGCCCUCAAGGAAGCGGUAAAUGCAUUGGAACGCGGCGACAAGAAGGCGCAAGAAGAUGUAAGCAAGAAUCUAGUGCACAUAAAAAACAUGUUAUACGGUACGGCCGAGACAGAACCACAGGCAGACAUCGUGGUGGCACAGCUGGCGCAGGAAUUGUACAACAGCAAUCUACUACUUUUGCUUGUGCAAAAUUUAAGUCGCAUUGACUUCGAGGGAAAGAAGGAUGUCGCACAGGUCUUCAAUAACAUUUUGCGAAGACAAAUUGGAACUAGAUCACCUACCGUAGAAUACAUAUGUACCAAACCUGAAAUUCUUUUUACACUCAUGUCUGGUUAUGAACACCAAGACAUUGCACUCAACUGUGGCACAAUGUUGCGAGAGUGCGCAAGAUAUGAAGCCCUGGCGAAAAUCAUGAUCUAUUCGGAUGACUUUUAUAAUUUUUUCAGAUAUGUUGAGGUUUCUACGUUCGAUAUCGCAUCUGAUGCUUUUUCUACGUUUAAAGAAUUACUCACGAGGCACAAAAUACUCAGCGCCGAAUUUUUAGAGAUACAUUACGAUAAAGUUUUUUCGCACUAUCAGAGGUUACUCAAUUCAGAAAACUAUGUAACACGACGACAGAGUUUAAAACUGUUGGGCGAGCUAUUACUCGAUAGACACAAUUUUACAGUUAUGACACGAUAUAUAUCAAAUCCAGAUAAUUUAAAAUUGAUGAUGAACAUGCUGAAGGAAAAGUCUCGCAAUAUACAGUUUGAGGCUUUUCAUGUUUUCAAGGUAUUUGUGGCGAAUCCCAACAAACCAAAACCUAUUCUAGACAUAUUGCUCCGCAAUCAGGAGAAGCUGAUCGAGUUCCUGACGCGCUUCCACACGGAUCGUUCCGAAGACGAACAGUUCAACGACGAAAAAGCGUAUCUGAUUAAGCAGAUCAAAGAACUUAAGUCUGUACAUGAUAAUUAAGUCAAGGAAAUACAAUUAUUGCUACCGCUACGACUAACUACCAUCAUUGGAUGCUUUCCAGCAAUGUUUACAAGUGACACUGUGUAACACAGAAUACGCUUCCAUACUUUUCAAUUGUAACACAAGUCAACAUAAACAUGCAGCUAAGAUGCUGUAUUCGACUGUUGUUUUAUAUCACUUCAUAAAUAUCAAAUUUUUAUAUUUCAUUACCAUUUAUUUUCCUAGGAGUAAUAUUUCGAUAAGAGGUGUAUUAAGUUUAAGAUUAUAUUUGAAUAUAUUCGAACAUAGGUGAUAUGAAACCUUUUUCUUUAUUUCAUUCUGGCUAUGAAAUAAAAAAGCUAAGCGAGGCUGCGUUCAGCAGAGAAAAUUAAUUAGUUAGCGCUGAAUGAUUCUUUAAUAUGAUUAGUUCUUGCUUUUAGUUUUUUGCUGACUCUAACAAGGGAAGUUUCACAACUGUCCGAUUUGAUUCUCCAUGAAAUAUGUUGUUAAACAUGAAAAUCUAAGAGAUACGUAUUUUUUUAUACGUGCGUUAACUCGUUUAAGGAGUAAAACACCCCUUUGAAAAAAAAAAUGGUAUUUCUAUUUCGA